CGACGCAGGCAAAUAAAGGCCAAGAUUAGAAAGAAAGGGAGAGGGCUUCGACUGGACAUGGCGGCCAGUACUCAGGGCCAAGCGCCGGCGGCGACGCUGCGGAGGCUCAUGAAGGAGUACCAGACGGAGCAGCAGCAGGCCGCCUCGUCUUCAUCGGGAUCGAAAGCGUCGACGAGGGAUGAGAACGUGUUGAGGCUCGCGCCGCGGGACGCAGACGCUGGCGACCUGCUGCAGUGGGAUGCCACGCUGCGAGGGCCCGUCGGUGGGGCCUAUGAAGGAGGGCUGUUUGACGUAGCCAUCACCGUGCCCACCACCUACCCCACCAAGCCGCCCUCGAUGAAGUUUGUGUCGAGAAUAUGGCAUCCAAAUGUCUCGUGGAAGACGGGAGAGAUCUGCCUCGACGUCCUUAGCUCGCAAUGGUCACCCGCCUGGACGCUCUCGUCAGCAUUGACGGCCGUCGUUGCGUUACUCGAUGCACCCGAGCCCGACAGCCCGCUCAACGUCGAUGCCGCGACCGUCUUUCGAACGGGCGAUCAGAGAGCAUAUAGGACCAUGUGCCACAUGUAUACACUCUUACAUGCUGCUCCUUGAGAGCGCCACAUCUGCAUUGUACUCUACGCCUGCCGCAAUCAUACUCUUUGUCGUCAUCGCC